GGCAGGACGGGCGAGUGAUCCUACGUCAGCGUCUGGUCCUCUCAGCACAACGUCAGCUCGCUCCUUGGAAGAAGAUGAAGAUGUUGUGCAGCUGCUCCCUCCUCGUCCUGCUCCUCUUUCUUCCAGCAUGCCGGUCCGCUCACGGUCGUUACGCCCAGAAGCUCCUGAGCGACUUGUUCUCCAACUACACCAACGCCUUGCGUCCUGUGGCGGACACGGACCACGUCAUCAACGUGACGCUGCAGGUCACGCUGUCGCAGAUCAUCGACAUGGACGAGAGGAACCAGAUCCUGACCACUUACCUGUGGGUCCGCCAGGUGUGGAUGGACGCCUUCCUCACCUGGAAGAAGGACGACUACGAUGGCCUGGACGCCAUCCGCAUACCGAGCAGCUACGUGUGGCGGCCCGACAUCGUCCUGUACAACAGUGCAGAUGACGAGUUCUCCAGCUCCAUGGAGACCAACGUGGUCCUGCGCAACGACGGCCAGGUCAUGUGGGACCAGCCGGCCAUCACCAAGAGCUCGUGCUCGGUGGACGUGGCUUUCUUCCCCUUCGACAUGCAGCAGUGUCUCCUGACCUUCGGCUCCUGGACUCACAACGGCAACCAGAUGGACUUGUUCAACGCCUUGGACAGCGCGGACUUGGCGGACUUCAUCCCCAACGUGGAGUGGGAGAUUCUGGGCAUGCCGGCCAAGAAGAACGUCAUCCAGUACGGUUGCUGUUCAGACCCGUACCCGGACAUCACUUUCACGCUCCACCUGAAGAGGAGGAGCUCCUUCUACAUCUUCAACCUCCUCAUUCCCUGCAUGAUGAUCUCCUUCCUGGCUCCGCUCGGCUUCUACCUGCCGGCCGACUCUGGAGAGAAGGUCUCCUUGGGGGUCACGGUCCUGCUGGCCCUCACCGUCUUCCAGCUGCUCGUGGCUGAGAGUAUGCCGCCCUCAGAGAGCAUCCCCUUGAUUGGAAAGUACUACAUCGCUACCAUGACGAUGGUUACCGCGUCAACAGCCCUCACCAUCUUCAUCAUGAACAUCCAUCACUGCGGCUCAGAGGCCGGACCCGUGCCAGCUUGGGCCGAGCGCUUCAUCCUCAAACACCUGGCCCGGAUCUGCUUCGUCUACGAGGUGGGGGACAACUGCCUCAGCGGGGGGGUCUCCCGCAGGAAGCCGCCGUCGGGGGAGGAGUCAAGCGAGGCCGGCAGCUGCAACGGGAGGAGGUGGGCGCAGAACUACGGGCACGACGUCCCAAACAAGAGCGAUCGGAAAGACGACCCGCUCGUCAGCGUCCACCACUCGGAGGAGGGCGGAGCUGCCGGGCGAGGUGACGGCCAGGGGGAGGAGCCAAAGAGCACCGGCGGCGUGUCGGUGGAGCCAAAGGGAGAGGGAGGGGUGAGCGCGGAGGACAGGAAGGAGCAGAGGAAGCUGCAGUGCGCGUGUCACCUUCAGGGACUGCACAGGAACGUGGAAUACAUCGCCGGUUCCUACCAGGACCAGCGAGCGGCGCAACUCCGCAUCGGCGAGUGGAGGAAGGUGGCCAAGGUGAUGGAUCGCUUCUUCAUGUGGCUCUUCUUCAUCAUGGUCUUCUUCAUGAGCAUCCUCAUCCUGGGAAAAGCCGUCUGAGGGGGCGCGUCACGCCAUGACCUCACUGCUCGCCAUCGCCCCGAGUUCAGUUCAAUGUCCGAUUGCUUUAUUUCACGCCUAAAACAAAGUGAUAAUUAUAAAGUUAUCAUUGUGUCCAACA